AAUACCCCCCUUAAAAUUCAAACUUUAGAAGAUUACCCAUCAAUGUAUGAUCUCUCCAUAUCUCCGCCCUUUGGUAUUUUCACAGCUCCAGUUCAAGACCCUAGCACUCCAGAAGGUGAUAAUGCUGCUUUCCAUCUAAAGAGAGAAUCUUAUAAUGGCGUAACUGCGUCCCAAGUUACAAUGUCUGUUUUGUGUAAGUAUGAUUCCAAAGGUCGUCAUGCUAACAUGGCCGAUGCCACGAAACGUCAACCUAUAAUCUCAGUCGCUGAUGAAUUAAAUAUAAACGAAGACCCGCAAAAAGAAAGCUCCUCGAGGGCAAAAAGAUUGAAAUCUGCUAUAAACCAAGUCAAUGAAAUUAAAGAAAUUGAGAGUGCUGAAGUUCAACAUAAUACAGAAGUUCAACAUAAUGCAGAAGUUCAACAUAAUGCAGUAGAUUUAACACGAUUAGACGAAAAUUCUGCUAAACACUUACAUACCACAGUUGAAACAGAUACUGACAGACUAUAUUCAGAUGAAAAACAACCAAAUAAUCUCGAUGAUAAAGACACACCUUAA